AGUUAUUGUUUGGUUAGUUAGUACUUUGUUUGGUUUGGUUUAAUGGUUUUUUGGUUGUUGAGUUGUUGUAAAGUUGUAAUUAAUUCAAUUGUCGUUGAUAUCAGUUGUUAACAUCAAACUUAUUUUGGAUUUCAAGCUCUCAAUCAAUUUAAAAUCGUUGUCUUUCAUUCUUCGAAAAUAUUUAGGCUAUAGUUUGAACUUCAUUGGCUUGUACUUAAUUUAGGGUUUAAGCAUUUGUCUAUUUUUAGAAGUGGAACUUGUAGGUGUUGACUGUUAGGCCUAGCCCGUGUUGUAUCAGUAUCGUAUCGUCGACCCUAGUAAGCAUCAUGAGUACUUUCACAGCUGUUAGAGAGCAGCUUGGGGACAGGUUCCAGAACUACAACUUGGAAGUCUUCAAAGAACCUAGAGGAAUAAUAAGAAUCCUCCAGCUGGUGUUUUCACUUUUGACACUGUGGAUUUUGAGAUCUUACGAAGGUGUAAUCGAUAUUAAGUACUGCGAUGAAAGCAAUCCUUCACAUGCAGUAUUCCCUGUUGAAUAUCCGUUUGAUCUGAGCAGCUUAUCCCAGACAGUAUCCUGCAAAAACAAAACCAACAUCAUCAUUUCCCUGAACAACAAUUUCUCGAGUGAAGCUGAGUUCCUGUUCACAAUCUGCUGGGUUUCCAUUGUCUUCGUGUUGGUCAUAGCAGCAAUCUAUGUGAAGUACGGGGAGACCUAUGAGAGCAACGGAAAUCUAGCUCUAGUUGAUUUUAUCUUGUCAGUGAUCUUGGCAGUGCUGUGGGUAGCAUGUUUGGGAGCUUGGGGCUAUGGCCAGAGUCAACUGAAGGCUCUAACUACUCCGAAGUUCUUGAAAGAAAAUCUACAUUAUUGCCAGGACAAGUUCUUCGAUUACAUCAACUGCAUAGAAAUCACACGUGGCAGUGUACUUGGCCUUACUACAACUCUUAUUCUCUCAUUCUUAAAUUUCUUCCUUUGGGCAGCUGGUUUGUGGUUCCUCUACAAAGAAACACCAUGGUACUUGAAUUUCCAACGUACUUAAUUACAUCACUGUUCCUACAUCUUCAUCAAAGUCAGUAAGAUCAGUAUUUUGAUGUGACUUAAAGAUCAACAUUUUACACAAGCAUAAAACAUCCCUUUACAGUUAGUUUGUAUAAAAUUCAAGGACAGACUUUUGGUUAAUUUUUUGCUUGGCUUAUUAAAAGUUCUACUUGCUUUAAUAUGGCCUUAGCUAGGCUGUGACUUGGUAGUCAUUAGGAAUGCCAAAAGUUAAGAUAAAACAGAACUUAGCAACAAGCAAAAGUCAUCUUACAUUAAAAAAGUCAUUGUAAUAACUUAAAUAUAUUUUUUUUUGUAAUUUUUUUGAUAGAACAUUCAAAUUUUCAACAGGUAUUUCAUAAUCCCAGUAAAUUUGGAAAAUGUAUCUGCAAAAUUGUCUUAUUCUAAUAAUAAAUUCCGUUGGAACUGAUACUCAAUUUAAAUCUCAAAUAAACAUAUGUUUGGCAGUUAACUGUAAAGGGGUUCAGUUUUAUACCAAAACAUAUUUUUUUUUAGAGUAGGUAAUACUUUAUGUCACAAUUAGUUUUUCACUUGUAUAUCGAUUAUAUAUUGUAAUCAUAAGUUUGGUUUUGCGCAAGUGAUUGCUUUUUUAACUGAAGAGAGUUAUAAGUGUUCAUUAAACUAACUUUGUGCCUUUUAUUGUUCUUAAUCUUAUAUAUAUUUUAUAUAAUAUUUUUGUACAUUAAAACAUAUACUAAGAAACAAACAGAGCAACAAUGUACAAAACUCUGGUGCCUUAUAAUCUCAUGUUAUACUUAUAUUGUUGUUAAGAUUUGGUGGAACACCACACUUUUACAUGUAGCUAUAUAUAAUUAAUCAUUUUGACCUUGAUUUUCAAGGAUGUAAAUAUACCAGUUAAAUAUAAAAAUACAUGUACUACUUUAGUGUUAGUAAGGUUAAAUUAAACUCUAUAUCAAAAAACUAUUUUUAUAUGAGCUCACUUGAAAGUAAAGUAGAAAUUCACUUUUACACUAGUCUAGUUUUAAGAUAUAUCAACAAAUCUUAGUCUAAAUGAAAACAAUACCACAUAGAAGUUUGAAAUACAGAAGAAACGUGAUUGGGGAGUAAUUUUGAAAGAAGGAAGUCACAUCUAUUGCAUUGCCAGAAAAUGUGGAACACAAGUAUAUUUUACUCUCUGUGUAUUUUACUCAUUGAGCUCGCAUCUCAGCGUCAGUAUUAUUUUCAUUUAUUUGUACUUUGUUAACCAUGUAUUUGUCUAUAUUGUAAUCUUGAUUGUUGAGACUGACCAUAUUUUUAUACUAAUAUCUGGUCUUAUGUUUUGUCAGUGCUUUCGAUACUGAAAAUAAAUGCUUACAAAAUGUU